AUGGAGGAAUUGACUUUAGGAAGGUGUAAGAGGCUUAAUCUUCAGCCUUUAGCUUACCUUUGGCAGAGAAACCAAGAAGAUUUGCUCCAAGAGAUGAUAUCAUCUAACAUUCAAGCAAUCAUCAUCAAAGUAGCAGCUUUGGGUUUAGAUCCUGAUAAGCAUCUUGGAAAAACCCUGGAUCAGAUGCAGCCUUAUCUCUUAGAGCUUUCUAGGAAAUAUGGAGUCCAUGUUUGUGGAGAAGGUGGAGAGUAUGAAACAUUCACUUUGGAUUGCCCUCUAUUUAAGAAGAAAAUAAUUGUGGAUUCAUCAGAAGUAGUCAUACAUUCAGCUGAUGCAUUUGCACCUGUGGCUUACCUACGCUUUUUAGAAUUGCACUUGGAGGACAAGGUGUCCCCAGUGCCUGACCACUACGGAACAUCUAAUUAUAUACAUAAUUCUUAAAAAGCAUUUUCGAACAUUGUUUAUAUUAAGCUGCCAUUUUUAUAUGAAAAAAAAAUACGUAGCAUUUUCUCAAUUAUUAUGUCCAGCUUUAUCUCAUUUUUUUGACUCUUAGAAAUAUAUGUCUUUAUCAGAAAAAGUUAAUAGAACCAUUGACUAAUUGGGGAAAUGUGAAUGUCAUGUUUAAUAUUGUCACUUUAUUCGGGAUUCACUCUUUCUCUGACUUGUUGACACAUACUAUCCACGACACCUGCGAUAUGUGCCUUUUCUUCUCCUUUGACCCCAUCUGCAACCCCCUUGACCCCAUCUGCAACCCCCAUUUCUGUAACAUUUCUUAGCUUUCAUUACACUCCUUUUCCCUUUGCUGCUCUCAUUUUGCUAAUAGUGUCGUGAUGCAGGGGCCCUUGAAAGUGAGGAUGAAAAUGCACUUAUUUAGCCAGUCAGGUUUAUUCUACUGGAUGUCAAACCAAAAUGCUGUAUCUAUUUUGUUUUCAAUACAUUCAAAUUACGGAGUAUUUUCACUGCCCCAAACUCUUCCACGCUCCACCUAUUCAUUGCUUAUGCCGCCCCCUCCCCCAACUCCUGGUAACCACUGAUCUUUUUACUGUUUCCAUAGUUUUGCCUUUUCCA